AUGGGCAAUUGCAUGGAGACAUACACCAUGAAGCCAAUGGAGAUGGAGCAACAAAAGGAAGAAGAAACAAAAACAACUAUUAAUGAUGAUAAUAAAGGGAAAAAUGGUGUAAGCAUGAAGAUUGUGUUGACAAAAGAAGAGCUUAAAUGGCUAAUAUUUCAACUCAACAACAAAGGGAUGAAAGUGGAACAAGUGCUUCAAGAGAUAGAGAAAGGUAGACAAAAAAUUGAGGAGGGAUGGAAACCUUCUUUAGAGAGCAUCUUGGAAGCCCCUGAAAUUCUUGAGAUCAAUUGA